GGCCAAGCUGGGAGGAAAAGAAGAAAGGGAGGGGAGGGGAGGAUCGAGGACGGACGGCUUAGGCAGGCCAAGAAUGCUAUUAUUCUGGUGGUGGGAGCUGGGAGACCCUUGUGCUUGGACGGGAAAGGGUCGGGGGACACUCAAGAUGAGCCCCGCGACCACUGGCACAUUCUUACUGACAGCUUUUUUAUUAAGCUGUGCCGAUGGCAUAAAUGGAACAAUUAACUGGAAGACCAAACAAGCCAACAGUUUUAUUAUCAGCAGAAAAAUGGCUGCUGGGAAGAAAGAUGUGUACACUCUUUUCUCCAAGGUGCACUCUGACCGGAACGUCUACCCGUCUGCGGGUGUCCUCUUUGUCCAUGUGCUGGAGAGAGAGUAUUUUAAGGGGGAAUUUCCACCUUAUCCAAAGCCUGGUGAGGUUAGUAAUGAUCCCAUAACAUUUAACACAAAUUUAAUGGGCUAUCCAGACAGACCUGGAUGGCUUCGGUAUAUCCAAAGAACACCAUACAGCGAUGGAGUCCUGUAUGGGUCUCCAACAGCCGAAAACGUGGGGAAACCAACUAUCAUUGAGAUAACUGCCUACAACAGACGUACCUUUGAGACUGCAAGGCAUAACUUGAUAAUCAAUAUAAUGUCAGCAGAAGAAUUCCCAUUGCCAUAUCAAGCAGAAUUCUUCAUCAAAAAUAUGAAUGUGGAAGAAAUGUUGGCCAGUGAGGUGCUUGGAGACUUUCUCGGGGCUGUGAAGAAUGUAUGGCAGCCAGAACGCCUCAAUGCUAUCAACAUCACAUCGGCCCUAGACAGGGGCGGUAGGGUGCCACUUCCUAUUAAUGACAUGAAGGAGGGUGUUUAUGUCAUGGUUGGUGCCGACGUUGCAUUUUCUUCUUGUUUACGAGAAGUUGAAAAUCCACAGAAUCAGUUAAGAUGCAGUCAAGAAAUGGAACCUGUGAUAACGUGCGAUAAAAAGUUCCGAACUCAGUUUCACAUCGACUGGUGCAAGAUUUCCCUGGUUGAUAAAACAAAGCAAGUGUCCACCUAUCAGGAAGUGGUUCGUGGCGAGGGCAUUUUGCCCGAUGGUGGGGAGUACAAGCCCCCUUCGGAUUCUUUGAAAAGCCGAGACUAUUACACGGAUUUCCUCGUUACCCUGGCUGUGCCCUCGGCAGUAGCACUAGUUCUUUUCCUAAUACUCGCUUAUAUCAUGUGCUGCCGACGGGAAGGAGUGGAAAAGAGAAACAUGCAAACCCCAGAUAUCCAACUUGUCCAUCACAGCUCUAUUCAGAAAUCUACCAAGGAGCUUCGAGACAUGUCCAAAAACAGAGAGAUUGCAUGGCCCCUGUCAACACUGCCCGUGUUUCACCCAGUGACUGGGGAGGUCAUCCCUCCCAUGCACACGGACAACUACGACAGUACCAACAUGCCCUUGAUGCAGACACAGCAGUGA